GCACAGUCCACUUCCGCUAUAGGUCGUCGCAUCUUGAUGACGAAGGCGAGAACGUUCAUGAACUCUUGAAAGCUUGCGUCAGAAGCUGUUAAGUAAGGUGAAAGACAUACGCAGAACUCCGUGAGUAAAACCUCAAACGACAUUAUAGACAACUGACAACAUGUUGGUGGCAAGGCUGACAUGCUUGAGGAGCCUUCCUCUCGUCGGGCUCCGUCCGGUGCUGUCAAACGGCUCGGCUGCCCUGAGAUCAGCCGCCCUGAAGCCGUGUCCGACCAUGCUUCGGCCCCAGCAGGGGUUUUCCUCUAAAGCCAGAUUUGGUUUCCGCCGUGUGAGGACAGCCAGAGACCAAAUUAAGGAGGCCGCGUUCGAGCCAGCCACGGACACUGCUUUGAAAAUUGACGGCAUGGGAAGAAUGAUACUGGCUGGAGGCGCUGCAGUAGGACUGGGAGCUCUUUGCUACUACGGCUUGGGCAUGUCCAAUGAGAUCGGUGCCAUUGAGAAAGCAGCGAUCUGGCCUCAGUACGUGAAGGACAGGAUCCACUCCACGUACAUGUACUUUGCAGGCAGCGUUGGACUCACGGCGCUCUCUGCUGUCGCCGUGAGUCGGACCCCGGCGCUCAUGGGACUCAUGAUGAGAGGAUCCUGGCUGGCGAUCGGAGCCACUUUUGCAGCCAUGAUUGGUGCCGGCAUCCUCGUCAGGUCCAUUUCGUAUGAACACAGCCCCGUGCCCAAGCACCUGGCUUGGAUGCUGCACGCAGGCGUCAUGGGCGCCGUCGUCGCUCCCCUCACUCUCCUGGGAGGACCCCUGAUCAUGAGGGCCGCCUGGUACACGGCAGGGAUCGUGGGGGGGCUGUCCACAGUGGCCAUGUGCGCCCCCAGUGAGAAGUUCCUCAACAUGGGCGGGCCCCUGGCUGUCGGCUUUGGAGUGGUCUUUGCCUCCUCCAUUGGCUCCAUGUUCCUGCCACCCACAUCAGCGUUUGGGGCGGGCCUGUACUCUGUAGCCAUCUAUGGAGGUCUGGUCCUCUUCAGCAUGUUCCUCCUUUAUGACACACAGAAGGUGAUCAAGAGGGCAGAGACGCACCCCCUCUACGGCGUGCAGAAAUACGACCCCAUUAACGCGUGCAUGGGGAUCUACAUGGACACACUCAACAUAUUCAUGAGGAUGGUGAUGAUCUUAGCCAAUGGCGGCGGCGGCAGAAGGAAGUGAAUGCUUGGAUUCUUUGCUCCGCCCCUCUCUUGUUUCGCAGCACAGCGAUGUGUCACAUCUUAGCAGCAGACGUGUUCUCCUAAUAGCCGCCGGUUUAGCAUUCAUUAGCACAAAUGCUUCACAAUAGUUGAUGAUGUCGGGUCUCACCGAUCUGUUUUUUGUGGCUUCAGUUGAUUUAUGUACAUGUCUUAUUUAUUUCUUAGGAAAUUCCAUACUUGCGUUCGGAGUUUUUGAGGGACUGUCGUUGUUUUUAAUAAAGGAACUCAUUCAAUAAAGAUUUUCACCUCCAAA